UCACGUAUAAAACAGUCCCCACUUACCUUUGUCCUCCAAGAAAAACAAGGAUCAUCCCAUUAAUGCACCUCCCUCUUAAUUGCAUUAUCCGUUAUCUUUUAUUGUUUCUCUGUUUUGUACGACCUUUUCAACUACCACCUUCCAUUAUAUUGCAGCUAAAUAAUACUCACACUUCACAGAAGCUUAGCCAAAGUAUAUUAAAAUUAAAACUGGCAUUACUUUUAGCUUUAAGUUCAUUUUUUUUUACGUUGUUUUGGUUUCUGGGUUGUUGUUUAAUUUCCUAUAAAGUAGAUAAAGAGAGAGAGAUAGCGACAUGUUCAUUGGAUCGUGAAAGUUGCUUGUUUGUUAUUGUUCUCGUGUUUCUCUCCAUUGGGUUUCUUUCUUCUUUGACUGAAGUUAGUUGAAGUGUUGAACUUUUCUUUGGGAAAAAUACCAUCUUUGAUCUUCCCAAGUAAGAAUAAUUUUUUUUUCUGUUUUUCUUCCAGCAUUUGCUUGAAUUUCAGCUUUUCAAGCUUUUGAGUGUGCUCUUGAAUUGGGGUUAAGGUUGAAUUACUGUCGAGAGACUAGUCUUAGCAUAUGAGCAGGAUUUGGAGCUCUUUACUCCAGUGAAAUCUCACUUCUUGCACUUGUAAAAGGUUCAACCUUCAGGGCUUAUAUUCACCUCUUGAGACAUCUGGAGUUUGUUGCUUUACAAGCUUGUUCAAUGGGAUACUUUUACUUGUUUGUUCUAGCAUUGUUUUCAUGGAGUUAUUUUAUCCGAACUACUCAUGGAUUGCAAACUUAUCAAACUCAACUUCUGCUGCAAAUAAGGAAGCACUUAGAGUACCCUUCACAGUUGCAAAUUCUGGAUAAUUACAAUGGGGACCUCUGUAACUUGUCUGCAGCAGGAGAUGUGAUGAUAUCUUGCCAGGACAAUUUUGUCACCGAGCUUAAGAUUAGGGGAGAUAAGCUUGCCAAUAUUAGUGGAUUCAAUGGAUAUGCAAUUCCUGGUAAAACUUUGUCGGAGACUUUCUCCAUUGAUUCUUUGGUUACCACAUUGACAAGGUUAACCAGUUUAAGGGUGCUUAGUUUAGUGUCUCUUGGGAUUUGGGGGCCACUUCCUGAUAAGAUUCAUAGGCUAUAUUCUCUUGAACUUUUAGACUUAAGCUCCAAUUUCUUGUUUGGCUCUAUCCCACCACAGAUAUCUAGAAUGGUUAAGCUUCAAACUCUAACAUUGGAUGGCAAUUAUUUUAAUGAUACUAUUCCUGAUACACUGGAUUCCAUAUCAAAUCUUACUGUUCUAAGUUUGAAGGGCAACCGGUUGGAGGGACAGUUUCCUUCUUCAAUAUGCAGAAUUUCAAGUCUAACGGAUAUUGCCUUGUGCCACAAUAAGCUUUCUGGAGAAUUGCCUGAUUUGAGUUCCUUAACUCGCCUGCGUGUGUUGGAUUUAAGAGAAAAUCAGUUGGAUUCCAAACUGCCUGGCAUGCCCCAGGGAUUAGUUACAGCUCUUCUUGCUAAGAACUUAUUUUCUGGUGAAAUUCCUGGGAAAUUUGGCAAACUGAGUCAUCUUCAGCACCUUGACUUAUCAUUCAAUCAUCUGAGUGGAAGACCCCCCUCUGCCUUGUUUGAUUUGCCAAGCAUGACUUACUUGAAUUUGGCAUCAAAUAUGCUGAGUGGUUCACUUCCAGAGCAUCUAACUUGUGGUAGCAAACUUGGGUUUGUAGAUAUUUCCAGUAACAAGUUGUCUGGUGAACUUCCUUCUUGCUUGGACAGUAUCUCAGAUAAGAGAGUAGUCAAAUUUGGUGGGAAUUGCUUGUCAAUUGAUCGCCAACAGCAGCAUCAAGCUUCACAUUGUAAAGAAGCAAACACAAGGAAAAGUAGAAGAGAGAUAGCAGUACUAAUUGCUAUUAUUGUCGGAUCGGUUCUCCUUCUGGUUCUUUUGGCAUUUGGGGUUUAUAUUUUGUCUAGAAGAUGCUGCAGAAGACGGACUUUUGAAACUCACAUAAGGCAAAAGGUUGUUCAAGACAAUCCAACAAACGGGGUUUCACCUGAAGUUCUUGCAAAUGCCAGAUUUAUUUCAGAAGUUGUUAAGUUAGGGACACAAGGUGCUCCAGUAUGUCGACUGUUUUCCUUGGAAGAGUUGAAGGCAGCCACAAAUAACUUUGAUUCAUCAAUGUUUAUGGGUGAAGGCUCCACUGGGAAGCUUUACAAAGGAAGAUUGGAGAAUGGGACCCAUGUUGCCAUUCGAUCUUUGACUUUACUGAAGAAAUAUUCAAUUCAAAAUCUUAAAGUUAGGCUUGAGUUCUUCUCAAAGCUUCACCAUCCACAUUUAGUAGGCCUUUUGGGUCACUGUAUUGAUGGUGGUGUACAAGAUGAUCCCAGUGCAAACAAAGUCUUCCUUGUACAUGACUAUGUGCCUAAUGGGAAUUAUCAUAUGCAUCUAUCAGAAAAUUGUCCAGAGAAUGUUCUUAAGUGGUCAGAUAGGUUAGCGAUUCUAAUUGAUGUUGCCAAGGCUGUACAUUUUCUACAUACUGGGGUUAUUCCUGGUGUUUUUAAUAACCGGUUGAAGACAAAUAAUAUAUUGCUGGAUGAGCAUCGAAUAGCAAAGCUGAGUGACUAUGGGAUGUCCAUCAUCAUGGAAGAAAAUGAAAAACUAGAGGCAAAGGGAGAUGGCUUAAAGUCUAGCCAAAGGAAAAAUUUAGAGGAUGAUGUUUACAACUUUGGAUUUAUAUUACUUGAGUCUCUUGUUGGGCCUAUAGUGAGUGGAAAAGGAGAAACAUUUCUUCUGAAUGAAAUGGCAUCCUUUGGCAGCCAGGAUGGUCGAAAGCAAAUUGUGGAUCCAUCUGUGUUGACCACUUGCUCACAGGAGUCAUUAUCAAUAGUGGUAUCUAUUACUGGAAAAUGCAUAUGUCCUGAGCCAUCAUCUCGGCCUUCUUUUGAGGAUGUUCUUUGGAACUUGCAGUAUGCAGCUCAAGUCCAGGCUGCAGCUGAUGUUGAUCAGAAAUCUGAUUCUACAUCAUAGCCAUUUGUAUAUGUUUAGUGCCACACCUGAUCUUUAGUUUGUAGGAAACUGCAGACACUUCUCAGAUAAAGCUCUUGGAAGGUGCUCUCACGUAAAACUUGAGUUAGGUCUGUAUUGAGCUGCUUUUCCUGAGAAAUGAGAGUUGUAAAUGACAUUUUUUAGAUCUUGAAAUGGAAAAUUUUUGGUAAA